GUUAAGUUAUUUUGCACCUCUCCUCCUGCAGCCUCUGCAUCACAAACCUCCUGCUCCUUCACCUCCUCCUGGCUUCAUUCAUUCAGGAUCUCAUCCUUUGAUGUUUUUCCCUCUUUGGACUCUGGAUUAAAAACAGUUUAAUUCUAAUUUAUUUUUCCUCAAACCGUCAAUGAUGCAGCGUCGCUGUUGCUCAGGAAGGAGAAGCUGCUGCGCUUAGAAUAAAGAGCCGCAGAUCUGCAGCUUCAGGGAGGAGAAGGUGAGCCCAGCUGCUGGAAACUGACCGGAGAAACAAACCAGAGAAAUUGUUUUAAAGUCAGGUCUGCACGUUUUCCUCAUCUUUUGAAUUUUCAUCUCAUCCCUCUUGUUUCUGUUGGAUUGACUGUUAAAAGGAUCCAAAUGGAGGCCAGAGGAAAGUACGAUUUUUCCGCCACUUCGGAUGACGAGCUCAGCUUUAAAAAGGGCGACAUUCUCAAGAUUAUAAACCAUGAGGAUGAUUGGUGUAAGGCUGAGAUGAAUGGACAGGAAGGAUACAUACCUAAGAACUACAUCGAUCUGCAGACUCCAGAUUGGUUUAAGGAGGACGCCAGUCGCAGCCAUGCAGAGGAUCUACUGAGGCACAAAACAGUCGGAGACUUUGUGAUCCGAGGAUGCCAGAGCUCCCCAGGAGACUUCUCCAUCUCUGUCAAACACGAGAACGACGUCCAGCACUUCAAGGUGAUGAGAGACAAUAAGGGCCAGUACUUCCUGUGGUCGGAGAAGUUCACCUCACUCAACAAACUGGUGGACUUCUACAAAACCACCUCCAUCUCCAAAACCAGACAGAUCUUCCUGUACGACGGCAGCUCAGACGGCAGGAAUGGCCCCAUGUCCCAGGGGAAGAGGGUGAGUUUGCCUGAACGCAACUCAGCUGCAGCCGUUGCUUCAUCGCCUCGCAGGGCCUCAGAUCAACCCGUCAGCCAGCUGGUUAAAAAUCCUGCCAUUCAGGAGCGAGCGCACACCAUUGGUGGACACACGGGCAGAAGCAGCCCUGUCCCCUCCGCCUGUCAUCCUCGCCGCAUCUCUGAAACCAUGCCUCCACCUACGCGAUCGUCCACAGUGCAGGUGAGGGCGCUGUACGACUUCACCGCUGAGGAAGACGACGAGCUGGGGUUUAGUGCCGGUGACAUCAUCGAGGUGUUGGAUCGCUCAGACAAUUCUUGGUGGAAAGGCAGGCUGCGGGGGCAGAGUGGGUUGUUUCCUGCAAACUACACAGUACAGAUAUGAGGAAAGGCACCGUGGGCGAGGCUUUAGCUCCACACCAAUCUGCAGACGGGAACAGUCGUCAUCGGGUGUUUCUGAAAGUAACACCCAGCUCUGCACUGCAGUGGACUGUGGGUUUAUAGAUACAUGGCUACCCAGCGUGGCUUGUUCAGGUUUUAUUGAACGUUUAAUUCUUGGGGGUGAUAGACACACCUGCAGGAUGGUUUCUGAAGAGGAAGUGCUGCAGAUGCCACACUUUUUUUUUUUUUUUUUUUUUUUUUAUUACAACAAAUGUAUUAAAAAUGUGGCAAAAGGUAUUUAUGAGUUGAAAGCUUGUCUGAUUACAGCCUGAUCAACGGCUUUAUGAGUGCAUGAGUAUAUUUCCUUUCUGUCGCCUACAUGUAUGGAUAUUUUAAUUAUUUGUCAAUUCUACUGAAAUCAGUCUGUUUGUUUUAUUCAACUCCAAUUUUUUUGUUUUUAUAAACAUCCGUCUCAGCUUUUCUAUUUUUGUCUGCCUCAUU